AUGACAUGCCAGGAGAAAUUCAUACUGUUCCCGCUUCUCCCAUCGAAUCUUACGCCAUCACUUCCUCCACCACCCCCACCCUAUGGCUGUGACCAUCAAAGUUCCGAGGCCAUCGGUAUGUAUACGGUAACCGUCGUGUCGAUUCGCACCCCCUGUGUCCCCUUUACACACAUUUCCCGAAGAAACCCGUUUCGACCUUGGCUGAGGGCGUUGAUCGAUCGUUUUUUUUCAGCACCAAAACGUAAGGUGGUGGACGAGAAUGGCACGAAUCGAACCAACUUCAGCACUCAUCAACUUACCGAACUCGAAAAGGAAUUCCACACGGCUAAAUACGUGAAUCGGGCACGGCGAACGGAAAUUGCACAGAAUCUGAAGCUAAAUGAAGCGCAGGUGAAAAUUUGGUUUCAAAAUCGACGUAUGAAGGAGAAAAAGCGAGAAAAAGAGAAGGCCUUCCUUGCCCGAAGUGUUGCACCAUGGGACAACUCUCCACCGUCAUCAGAUGACGUCAAACUCUCACUGCUGUAG